UGGACCAACAUCACUCAUGUCCAUCCUGUGGCAAUGCAGAUCUGUUGGCAGGCAAGGCGAGGGGACCUCAAAAGUCAACUAACCAGCUGUUGGCAUUGGCAACCUGGUGUCACAUCAACAGAAACACAGUUUGUACUACCGGCUUCCACUGCGGUCUGACGCCUCACCGGAGGAUAAACCGUAAACUGUCUUUGAGAUUUCCUUGAUGCUCCGGGUUGGGUCGCUGCCUGGCGCGGCGUUAACACCUCGUCGGGAUUAACUAGCGUAAUUUGUUCUCGCUAAAGUGCUGCAGGCGGGGUAAAGACAAUGGAGUUGUUGGAGGUCCUGCAUUUCGAUCAGCUGUCCCAUGGACUUGCACAACUGUCGAUGUUUCCCUACUUUGACAUGGCGCAUUACACCGUGUCCGUCAUGGCUUUGAGAGAGCAGCCAGGAGCUCUCGAGGUGUCCCGAAGAAGCCCCUUUGCCUGCUGGUUCAGCUCCAUGCUCUUCUGUUUUGGAGGAGCUGUGCUUUCUGGGCUAAUGAUGGCUGAGCCACCUGUUGCACCAUUGUCCAAUGGCACCAAUGUUCUCUUGGCUUCUCUUAUCUGGUACCUCAUUUUCUACUGUCCCCAGGACUUGGUGUAUUGCUGUACAGCUCUGCUGCCUCUCAGACUGAUGCUGUCAGGGAUGAAAGAGGUGACGAGGACCUGGAAGGUGCUUGGAGGGGUCACUCAGGCCCAUGCCAAAUACAAGGACAGCUUGUUGGUCAUGAUUGCCAUCGGAUGGGCCAAAGGUGCUGGAGGUGGUCUGAUGAGUAAUUUUGAGCAGCUGGUUCGAGGAGUCUGGAAACCAGAGACCAAUGAGCUCAUCAAAAUGUCAUACCCCACCAAGAUCACCCUGAUAGGGGCUGUGUUGUUUGCCCUGCAGCAGACAGAGUACCUACCUCUACAGAAGCAGCACCUGAUGCUGAUAUACACCAGCUUCACUGUCAUCAACAAGUCAAGGAUGAUGCUGACAGGCUCCUCCACCUCGCCUUUUGCUGCCAUCGAGUCUGCCAUCUACAAGACACUUUUUUCGAGCUCCUCCCCUUACGUUGCCCUGACUUCCGAGGCAACGAGGAGCCCCGUCAAUAAUGGGUUGACCACCAAGACGAUCUGUGACGCCACAACCAAAGAGCCCAGUGAGAACGGAGCAACAAGGCGGUGUAGCAGCCCAGUCAACCCUGCCAAGGCCGAAGAGCAGUCUGAGAAACUCGAAACAAAGAGCUCGAAGAAGAGCAACUAGUCGGGCUUUGACCGUAGCACCUUUUUCCACCUCCAAGAUGAGUUUUUGACUCAUUAAUGAUCCAGACUCGUCAUUGAUUCUUGCGGGUCACUCAGAGGGUUUGUUCUGUAUUCUCUGCAGCGUUUAUUUAUAAGAUUUUAGUUGUUGUUUGUUUUUCACCGCCAUCUUAUAUGAAGUUAUGAUUGGAUGUAAUGCUUUUUUCAUUCAAAAAGGUAUUUUCUUUAUAAAAUGCAAUUAUAAAACUCCUAAAAUGGGAAUUGGGGUUGAAUGCAGACAAAAACAUGUCUUACUCUGGGAACCCCCCAACACACACACCCACACACACUUUCCCCUGAAUUAUUGUGAUAUUUUAGCUCUGAGAUGUUAAGAAAGACAUCUGUAGAUAUAUUCAACAUGAUUUCCACCAUAGACUUUUAUGAAGAUAAUGAUUUGUCCUCUGCAUAUGCGUUGAUGCAUUCUUUUUCCAUUCUGGGUUGAAGGGGCACAAUACUGAAUAUCUGCUGAUCUAUGAAUGUUAUUUGCCAUGGCUUUUUUGUGUACAAUAUGAUUUAAUCAUAUGCUAUGUUUCCUACUCUGCAAUAAGGAUGUUUCUUAAAAGAGAAAUUAUAUAUUAUGUGAUUAUUCUAUUAUUUGAUUCUAUUUAUACCAAAUGCACUCUUGGAUGUAAAGACUUUUGAAAUAUUGAUGUACUGAAAUUGAUAUUUUUGCUGUAUUCUUUUUGUUUCGUUGGUUAAUCAUUUGAAAUGCCAUCGAAAGCAUGAGAAUAAACACGUUUAC